AUGAGAUGGGAAGACGAGUUCAGGCAGGUGGCUGUAGCCUUAUGGAGAAGACAGGCUCUGGACAGGGACGCGUGGAGGAAUAUGGGAGAGGCCUAUGCCAAGGGCAACCAGACAAAACGUCUGCGGAGAAAGGCUAGCAGUAAGCACAUGACUAUGUUUUGGUGGCUCCUUCUCUCGGGCGCCGCUGUUGCCCUUGUGGUGUACCGCCGACGGAGGAGAGGAUUCUACAAGGUCUACGACGCGUACCCCUUAGGACUACCCAGCUACCCUCUCAUCGGCCAUGGGUACAUAUUUACGGGUACAGAUGAAGAUCGCAUGAACUCCAUACUGAACCUAGGAAAGGUAUCACUUAAACAUGGUGGUAUUGGCUGUUUCUGGCUGGGUCCAAAAUUGUACGUCGUAAUCACAGAUCCCGAGGUGUUGGAACUGGUGGCAAAGAAAUGCCUUGAGAAAGAUGACGGCAUGGUAAAGUACGUUCGGCACGUGCUUGGAAACGGGCUCAUAUUCGCUCCAGUAAACAUUUGGCGUCCUCGUCGCAAAGUCAUGGCUCCUACAUUCAACAUGAAGAAUCUCCAGAAUUUCGUGCCGAUAUUCGACAAGCAGAGCAUUAUUAUGACAGAUAAGCUUCGCGAGCGAGCGGGCAGUGGUGAUUUUUCCUUUUGGGACUAUAUCACAACUUACACUUUUGACUCUAUUUGCGAGACAGUUCUCGGCAUUGAAUUAAAUGCACAGAAGCACCUACACCACCCUUUUAUCACGGCGUUCGAUGUCCUCUCUCAGGUCAUUGCUCAACGGAUGCUGUCGCCAUGGCUGUACUGGGAUUGGGUCUUCAGACUAACGUCACUAUAUAAGCUUUUUGAGGAUUGGAAAAAAAUCGCUUAUGAUUUUUUUGAUGAGACAUUACGUAAUAAAAGGAAACAACUAGCAAGCGGGAUGAUUGAAAACGGUAAAGAUCAACGUAAAACCUUCCUGGACAUGAUGAUCGAAUCCCCCGGACAAGCCCGAUACUCGGACGUCGAGCUUCGCGAGGAGAUACUGUCAAUAUUGUCCGCUGGUACUGACACGUCGGCUGUUGGUACUGCGUUUACUGCUCUCAUGCUGUCCAGACAUCCCAAGGUGCAGGAAAAGGUGUAUGAUGAAUUGAAAGAAGUUUUUGGCGACUCUGAUCGACCGGUGACAUGGCAAGACCUACCGAAACUGGAAUACCUCGAAGCCGUGAUCAAGGAAACCUUGCGGCUGUAUCCACCAGCACCAAUGGUCGUUAGAGAUGUUCACGAGACCGUCGUAUUACCAAACGGGACAACAUUGGUGCCGGGCACAGCGCUCAUGCUCCACAUCUGGGGCGCGCACCGCAACGCGCGGUGCUGGGGCGCGGACGCGGAGGAGUUCCGGCCCGAGCGCUUCCUGCAGCCCUUGAGGCACCCCGCGCAGUACGUGCCGUUCAGCUACUCCGUAAGGAACUGCAUUGGUGCAAACUACGCCAUAAUGUCAACAAAGACGAACUUGUCAAAUGUGCUUCGACGCUACAUACUGCUACCGCCAUCUAGCGUGCCGCCCGAGAGUCUCGGGCGACCGCUGCGUGUCAAGUAUGACAUCAUGAUGAAACAUUGUGACAAGUUUGAGCUCAGGAUUGAGCAUAGACACAAGGAAGAUAUCGGAUACACCGCGUAA